UUUCUUUUUUUUUGGGGGGAAUUUUCUAUCUAAAGAAGCUAUAAGCAUGGAUGAUUUUAUAUUAUAUUUAUUUAAUCUUUUUCGCUAAGAUUAAAUUAGUAAUUCUCAAUGAAGUAAUUAAUAGAUCGAAUCUUUCAAUUUGUUCGGAUUGCUCAUGUUGCCAGAGAUGUAGAAGUUGAAUCUAAUUGGGUUUAUAUCGGCUGAUCUAUGCCCUGCAUAGUCAACAUUUUUCCAAUUCUUAAAAGUCUUGUUCAGAGCUUGCCACUUUUGGAUGUAUGCAUUUAUUUGAAGUUUGGCUUUGUAAAUCGUUGGCAUUGUGAUUUUCAGCAAGAAUAUGAGGUUUAUAUAUCUGAAUUCUGAAAUUUUUUUUAAUGGAAAUUAGUACUGUCUAAUUGGUGCAACGGUACAUGAAAGCUAGAUAAUUUGUUUUAUGGUCCUAAAUUGUUACUAUAUUUGUUACUUAAAGUAUACUUGGAAGGCUUUCUUCCGAUAGCAUUGAAGCCUGCACUUGUUUGUGCAUAAUUUCUGUGCUGGGUUAGUUCCUUUGUCACGGGUCGAGAUUUAAGUUUCGAAUUUGUGCGAUUUCGGGAUCUGGGCAUCCACUCAUCCGGUGUCUUGGAUCAGACUAACCACCAUGGUUCACACCCUUGUGAGGUAUUGUCCGCUCUGGAACCCUGGCCUCAGGUUUUGUCCUACAAAAAGCGUCUCACAAGGAAGAGGUGAUGUGAACUCUUUUAUACACCAGUGACCUUCCUAUUAUGUUCGAUGUGGGAUUCAGGACUCUUUCUUAGGUCCGUGACAACCACCCUGCCUACUUCCCUAGAGGCACUUAGCGUGGAUCGGGCAUCCACUCAUCCGGUGUCCCGGAUCAACCUAAUCAUCACAGUUCACACCCUUGUGAGGUAUUGUCCGCUCUGGUCCCCCUGACCUCACGAUUUUAUCUUACAAAAGGCACCUCACAAGGAAGAGGUGGUGUGAACCCUUUUAUACCCCAGUGACCCUCCUAUUAUGUUUCAUGUGAGAUUCAUGACUCUUCCUUAGGUCCUAGACACCUUUACCUCAGAAAAUACAAAUUUACGAUAUGAACUGGUUUCAUGAAAUACGAUAUCUACUUGAACUGCAAUUGGAGAAAUUUAGGGUUGCAGUUUUGGUCUCACAAGCUGCUCUUCAAUUCAUUCAUGGUUUAAAUUUGUCUAGUGAAUAUGAUGCACCUGAAGAAGUUAAAGCAGCUGGUUUCCAGAUUUGUGCUGAUGAGUUGGGAUCUAUUGUAGAAGGCCAUGAUGUGAAGAAGUUGAGAAUUCAUGGUGGGGUUGAGAAUAUUGCAGCCAAGCUCUCUGCAUCAAUUGUUGACGGUAUUCCUACUUUUGAGCAUUUGAUAAAUGAAAGGAAACGCAUUUAUGGAAUUAAUAGAUUUACUGAAACCCCUGCUCGAGGUUUCUGGGUUUUUGUGUGGGAAGCCCUUCAAGAUACAACCCUCGUGAUACUAGCCAUAUGUGCCCUUGUCUCUCUGGCUGUUGGGAUUACUGUGGAAGGAUGGCCAAAGGGUGCCUAUGAUGGUCUUGGAAUUGUUUUGAGUAUUCUUCUUGUUGUGUUUGUUACCGCCGCAAGUGAUUACAGACAAUCUUUGCAGUUCAGAGAUUUAGACAAGGAGAAGAAAAAAAUAAUGGUUCAGGUUACCAGAGAUGGCCUGAGACAGAAAAUAUCAAUAUUUGAUCUACUUCCUGGUGAUAUUGUUCAUCUUGCCAUCGGAGACCAGGUCCCAGCUGAUGGGCUCUUCAUUUCGGGGUUUUCAGUUUUGAUAAAUGAAUCCAGUUUGACUGGAGAGAGUGAACCAGUUAAUGUAAAUGUAGCAAACCCGUUUCUCCUUUCUGGAACCAAAGUGCAGGAUGGAUCAUGCAAGAUGCUUGUGACUACUGUUGGGAUGAGGACCCAAUGGGGUAAACUGAUGGCCACUCUUAGUGAAGGUGGAGAUGAUGAGACCCCAUUGCAGGUUAAGCUGAAUGGAGUUGCAACAAUUAUUGGGAAAAUAGGUUUGUUUUUUGCUGUUGUGACAUUUUCUGUGCUGGUGCAAGGAUUGUUUAGCCGCAAGAUACAGGAAGGCACACAAUGGAUUUGGUCUGGAGAUGAUGCAAUGGAAAUGUUAGAAUUUUUUGCUAUUGCUGUUACAAUUGUUGUUGUUGCUGUUCCUGAGGGACUGCCUUUGGCUGUGACAUUAAGCCUUGCUUUUGCCAUGAAGAAGAUGAUGAAUGACAAGGCACUUGUCCGCCAUCUGGCUGCUUGUGAGACAAUGGGAUCUUCUACAAGUAUAUGCAGCGAUAAAACAGGUACACUGACUAGUAACCACAUGACUGUUGUGAAAACAUGCAUUUGUGAGGAAAUCAAGGAAGUGAGCAGCUCCAACAAGAGUAAUAAUUUUAGAUCUGCAGUUCCUGAAUCUGCUGUGAAAAUUUUACUUCAGUCAAUAUUUAAUAACACUGGGGGAGAAGUUGUUAAUAACAAAGACAACAAAAUUGAGAUACUGGGAACACCAACAGAAACUGCCCUUUUAGAAUUUGGGUUAUUGCUUGGUGGGGAUUUCCAAGCAGAACAACAAGCAUCAAAAAUUGUGAAAGUUGAGCCUUUCAAUUCUGCAAAGAAGCGAAUGGGUGUAGUUAUAGAGUUUCCUGAAGGAGGUUUCCGAAUUCACUAUAAGGGUGCUUCUGAAAUAAUCUUAGCUGCAUGUGAUAAAGUAAUAGGCUCAAAUGGUGAUGUUGUUCCCCUGGAUGAACCAACCACCAAUCAUCUAAAAAAUACAAUCGAACAAUUUGCUAGUGAAGCUCUUCGAACUCUAUGCCUUGCUUACAUGGAUAUGGGAACUGAUUUUUCUGUUGACAGCCCCCUUCCCCUUAAAGGGUACACUUGUAUAGGCAUUGUUGGCAUCAAAGAUCCAGUACGCCCUGGUGUUAAGGAGUCUGUUGCAAUAUGUAAGUCAGCUGGUAUUACUGUCCGAAUGAUCACUGGAGACAACAUUAACACUGCCAAGGCUAUUGCAAAGGAAAUUGGAAUUUUGACUGACAAUGGUAUAGCAAUUGAAGGUCCAGAAUUCCGGGAGAAAUCUGAGGAGGAAUUGUGUGAACUUAUUCCAAAAAUACAGGUAAUGGCUCGAUCUUCACCUAUGGAUAAACAUACUCUUGUGAAACACCUACGAACAACAUUUGGAGAAGUGGUUGCUGUGACCGGGGAUGGUACAAAUGAUGCUCCAGCACUUCAUGAAGCUGAUAUUGGGCUUGCAAUGGGCAUUGCUGGGACUGAGGUGGCCAAAGAAAGUGCUGAUGUCAUAAUCUUAGAUGAUAACUUUUCCACAAUUGUGACUGUGGCUAAAUGGGGACGUUCAGUUUACAUAAAUAUCCAAAAAUUUGUUCAGUUUCAGCUGACUGUCAACAUAGUUGCCCUAAUUGUCAACUUUUCUUCAGCCUGUUUGACUGGAAAUGCUCCGCUCACUGCUGUUCAACUUCUAUGGGUCAACAUGAUCAUGGAUACUCUAGGGGCGCUUGCAUUAGCUACAGAGCCUCCUAACAAUGACUUGAUGAAAAGAUCACCAGUUGGUAGGAAUGGAAACUUCAUCAGUAAUGUAAUGUGGAGGAAUAUUUUAGGCCAGUCUGUAUAUCAGUUUGUGAUUAUGUGGUUCCUUCAGACAAAAGGAAAGGCAGCUUUUCAUCUUGAUGGCCCAGACUCUGAGUUGAUAUUAAACACACUUAUAUUCAACUCAUUUGUCUUUUGCCAGGUUUUCAAUGAAAUUAGCUCCAGAGAGAUGGAAAGGAUUAAUGUUCUCAAAGGCAUACUGAAGAACCAUGUGUUUAUGGCUGUUCUAAGUUGCACCAUCAUCUUCCAAAUUGUAAUUGUUGAGUUCCUUGGUACCUUUGCCAGUACUUAUCCUCUCACUCUGCAGCAGUGGUUUGUCAGCGUCUGCCUUGGAUUCCUUGGGAUGCCAAUCGCUGCCGCUUUAAAGUUGAUUCCUGUAGGAUCAAACUGAGAUGAGGGCAAUCUAGAUAGGUGAUUUCUGACUUGUUUAAUCACUUCAUCAUACAGCAGUAGCAUCAUUGGAUCUGAUUGAAAAUUUAACAAACAGUGAAGUUGAAAAGGCAGCCAAUUUUUUUUAGGAAGGGCGCUUAGACUGCUGCAAGACAUGUCAACCUUUUGGAAGCAUGGAAAAUCAUAUUCUUUCCCUUCGAAUUUAACAGAUUUGUACAGACCUAGUAAUUUGGAUUUUUUAAUCAGAACCGUUUGAAAUUUGAAAGGGUUUUUUACCAAGUUUUCCAAAGGCAUAACUCAUGUCGUUCCAACUGUGGAAUGAACAAAUUGCACUAUUGAUACAAGGGUAACAAUUUGCCUAUCCGGUCCCCGGUCAUUCUUAGGAUUGAUUUUUUUCGAUUACAUUAUAUUUGACUGAAAAAGAUAUUA